CUUGCGAGGCGUCACAUCGAGUUUCAGAGGUUUACGUACAUGCCGCGGCGGCUGAGCUACGGAUGUCUCGAGUUCAAGCGCUGCUAAACCGCAUUGUCGAGUACGCAGAUGACCCAAACACGAUCAAAACAUGCUGCGGGGUGCUCUCAAUCUUGUCGCGGAGCGAGGACAAGAAGACAGAGAUCGCAAACGCAGGGCUCGCGGUGAUCCUGCACGCGAUGAACACCCACAUGGCAAACGAAGACUUGCUGGAGGCGGCGUGCGACCUUCUCUGGACGCUGGCUUUCAACAACAAGCCGGUCAAAGCCAGCAUCAGCACACACGGGGGUAUUGCCACGCUUCUCCGCUGCGUGGACGUCCACCGGUUGAACCCGGCGCUGCUCCGCUCCGCGCUCGGGACGCUGAGCAACCUCAGCCAGCUCGUCGACAAUCAGCAGCACAUCGGCGCAGGUCUUCCUGUCGUCGUGGCCGCCAUGCAGCUUCACGUCCGCAACGUUGACUUGCUCGCGUUCGCGUUGGACACGCUGACCAGCAUCAUCAUCGGCCACGAGCGCAAUUGCCGCGUGGUGUACGAGCUCGGACUCGUCGACUUUCUACUCGAUGUCUUGAAAGACCGCAACCAACACGCACGUCCUGCCGUAGUCAAGUCCACCUGCCACACCCUUGCCAUCCUCUGCGAACUGCCCGGGGUUGGCAAGGGCAUCGCGGAUGCCCACGGAAUUGCUGCCAUCAUCGCAGCCAUGUCCGCGGCGCCCCUUCCCACAGACGUCGAGCGCAUCGUGACCGUGCUGCUCUUUCGCAUCUCCAAGGACCCGGUCGUGAUGCCACAGAUGAUCCACGAUGGCGUCGUCGUCGUACUUUUCCGCGUACUGGCCAACCAGCGCGCCAACUCGAAAUGCUCUGAAACCUUGCUAGCAACCUGUCACAUCUUAUGCCUCCUGACCCAGUUUGCCAGCUCCCACGCUGUGGAUUUGACUCCGCACCUGCCGCCGUCGGUUUGCCACGGCGACCUCCUUCUCCGCCUCGCCACCGAGAACGCAUCACCCCCCCUCGCCCUCUCCAUCUUUCGUGUACUGGCCCAUCUCUCCCGCAACCCCGUGCCCCUACCCGCGCUCGUGAAUGUUUCCACGAUGGAAAGCAUGCUGGCGUUAGCACCCUUCCACUCGAAUCCCCAAGAGAUGCUUCAGUUGGGGCUUCAAGUUCUCGUCAACUUACGACGAUCCAUGAUCGCCGCGCAGCCGCUUCGGUCCCCAGAGAAAUCGCUGGCAGCGCUCUUGCUGGCCAUCCGGACAUUUCCGGACGACGUUCACCUCCUAGACCAGGUGUUCUGCGUCGUCACUUCGUACUGCUUGUCCAAUACCAUUACCACCCACCCCCGCACCGUGUUUGGCUUUCUCGGCGCCGCCAUGCGCUUCCUCAGUCGUUUCUCGUCGGCGGCAGGUUGGACGCCGCAAUGCAUGGUCGAAGCAUGCCGAUUCCUGCUGCACCUCAUGGGCUCUAAGGAUGGCUUGGACAGCGUCGUGAGCUGCGGCGGCGUCAGCAUCCUCAGCCAGUUCAAUCGCGACGUGAUGGCCAACGAUGCGAUGCCGCCCCCCGAGCUCGAGAAACUGCUUCAUGCAAUGAGCUUACGCCUACAUACGCCCCUUGGAGGGUCAGAAGCCAACGAGGGGGAAGGAAACCAACCGCCGGAACAGCAGCAACCGCCGGACGAAAACGAAAUCGACGAAGAAGAUGAAGAGGAUGUCAUGGAUGACGACGACGACGAAGAGAAUAGUGACAUUGACAUGUCUGCAAUAGUGACUAACACCUCCCCCUCCAACCCCUCCCCCUCUCCUCCCCCCCCCAACAACAACCACCCCCAAGUGGACGACGACUCGGUGGUUCCUCCUCUUACUAGUAGUAGUAGUAGUACUACUACUACUACUCCCCCCGCUAGUACGCCAGGUCGUACUCCUCCUCCUAGUACUACUAGCGUCCCAACAGUGGUCACCCCCGAGGCACUGGUGGCGUUCGUGUUGCAGUCGUUCGCACAUCCCCAAGAUGUGGUGCCGUCUGCGCGUAUAUGUGGAAGUACCGUCCACGAGCACCGCUUCACAUAUACGAGUGACUCAAGUGGAUAUCACUUGCCAAAACACCCGCUUGGAUCCGUUCCGAGUUGCUCGGCCACUUCAUCCGCAACGACUACUCUCCUCACAACCUGCCCCAUGCACAACGAACCAGCUACGUCGACAUUUGCCAGUCCCAGUGACAUGCAAAAGUACGUUGACGUCCGCACCAGCAUGCGCGCCGCGCUCGUUCAAUCCGACCAUGCGGACGCACAGCUUGUGUACCAGAGCACGCGACCGGGGGGGGAUGCCGCCGUUGCUUCCGCCGUGCCGGACGCGUACCCGUACGCCGUGGGCUUCCCCGACCCCAGUCGCCACGCCACCCCCCCCCUCACGUUUGACUCGGAGUUCGACUCGGGUAAUCUCCUGCGUGCCGUGCAGAUCGCCGACACAGAGUACGACCUCAUCCUUCGUCCGGAUCUGCAUACCCAAGGGUACACCCAGUGGUUCUACUUUGCAGUGGCCAACACCGAACCAGAUGUACCCUAUACGUUUCACAUUGUGAACCUGCACAAGCCCGACAGCCUCUUCCGCACGGGGCUGCAGCCGGUGGUGUACUCUGUACAGGACGCCACCUGCCGAGCCGUCGGCUGGACGCAUGCUGGGUCCAACGUGUGCUAUUUUGCCAAUCCGUACAAGCAGCCGUCGCCGGUCCCCCGUCCGUCCACCGACCAGCUCACAUUUUUCACCCUAUCCUUCACGCUCACAUUCUCCCAUGCCCACGACACUACUCUCGUGGCGCACAGCUAUCCGUACACGAUGCACGACCACAGGUGGCACCUCGCCCGACCCGCGCUUCGGUGCCCCGACGUCGUCCGCCAGUCGGUUCUGUGCACAACAUUAGGCCAGCAAGCGUGUGAUCUGCUCACGAUCACCGAUUUCGGGCACGGGCACGUCGACGGCCGCCGGCCGGUGGUCGUGCUCACCGCUAGAGUGCACCCCGGCGAACCCCAAGCUAGCUGGAUCAUGCGGGGGGUGUUGGACUUCCUCGUGUCGGACGCCCCCGACGCCAAGCUCCUCCGGCGGCUGUUCGUGUUCAAAGUCGUGCCGAUGCUCAAUCCGGAUGGCGUCAUGUACGGAAACAACCGGUGCGGCCUCGCCGGAUGCGAUCUGAACCGGCAGUGGAAGGCACCGAGGGGCGCGGUCCACCCGACGAUCGCCGCGGCCAAGAGCGUCAUGCAGACCCUUCCGGUGGUAUUUUACUGCGAUAUUCACGGCCACAGCCGCAAGAAGAAUGUGUUUAUGUACGGAUGUGACUCACGCAAACAUGUCAACCCGAUCGCGAGGAUGUUUCCCACGUUGCUAAGCAACCACUGGAUUGGCCGCCAGUUUGUAAGCUUAGACGCGUGCAACUUUCAAGUGCAUCGAGAAUCCACGGCGCGGGUGGUUGUGGGCAAAGAUAUGGGCAUCGCCAACAGCUUUACGUUAGAAGCGUCGUUCUGUGGCGCGGACUUUGGGGUGCUGGCUGCUAGGCACUUUAACUUGGGCCAUUUCGAGGACAUUGGGCUAGCUCUGGGCCAGACGUUGGCCGAGUACGCUGUGCCAGAUGGAAUGAACCGGCGGACGAUAUACGAGUGGCUGCAAACCGACGACUGCCACGACCUGCACGAGUACAUUGAAUCCACGUACAACCAGCAACUUGCAGACGACCAACUCGGGGCUAUCAUGCCAUUGCAUAUGACGACGCUGGUGUUGUUAGAGCGCAAAGGAUCGUUUGGCCGGUUGCCGAGAAAGGCGGCCAAAGCUAAGAAGAAGAAAAAGGUGCUACCGCCGCCGCCAUCCCCCCUCCCGUCGGUUGCUGUGGUCGUGGCUAAGCAACUGCCGUCGCCAUCCGUCGCAUUGGCCAAGAAACCCUCAGCCAAAUUAUCAAGCAAAAAGGUGUCGUCUAAUUGCUUGGGGAGUAAAUCGUCCGGCACGCCGCCGCCCCUGGCGCUCAAGAAGGCGCUGAGUCUGCCUAGCCCCAAAAUCCAAGACACACGACUCAAGCAUCAUCCUACCCCAUCGGAAAAUAACGACCAACACCACCACGCCCCCACCGUUACCAGUCGGUUCAAAAGCCCGAGCUUUCGUCGGCUCACCGUCUUCACGCCUCCAAAUUUUCGAGAUGCAGAAGACGGGGUCGGAGCUGCGUCGUCCGUGCGUCGUCGGAUUAACUUCCCCACCGUUAGUAAAUAAUAAUAAUAAUAAUAGUAGCCCCUCCUCGAAGCAACAUAGGGCCAAGUUACG